AUGGCUUAUUCUUCAGUAACGAGCUGUUUCCAUGGCUAUCUCCACAGUUGUUCGUUCUCCUCCACCCAAUUUUGCCCCCUUUCUCGUUCUCUCUCUUUCGGCCUUUCUGCUUCGAGACUAAGAACAUGUGUCAAAUUCGAGAAAUUUCAGGGCGAGCCUCCUCUUGAACAGACCACAUCCUCUGUUUCACAGGAACUACCAUUAGAAGCGCAAGACCAACCAGAAGAAGAAGGCGAUAGCUGUUUGCCUUCUGAUUUGGUGGGAGCUGUUAGGCAAUCAGGUGAAGCAAGUGCCUCGUUUGUGAACUCCGGAGGAACAAGAGCUAUCGUUGAGCUCUUAAUUCCUCAACUUCAGUUCUUAGACGAUGAAGGCGCACAAGCUGAACUUUGGGAUCUUUCGCGGGUUUUCAUAGAGACUCUCAUUGAAGAAACAGGUUGUGAGAGAGUUAAAGCCGUGUUUCCAGAUGCUGGAGCUGCUGCGUUGCUAAAAUAUCAGUGGAAGGAUGCAGCUUUUGGAUUUGCUAGCUUAAGUGACCGGAGACCAGUGGAGAAAGAAGAUGAGAUCAUUGUCAUGGUUGUUCCUGAUUACCAAAUGCUGGAGUAUGUUGAGAAAAUUGCAAAAGGGCUUGCUGAUGACCCGCCAAGGCCUCUCAUUAUGUGGAACCCUCGUCUUAUAAGCGAGGAUGUCGGGGUUGGGUUUAACGUGAGAAAACUAAGGCGGUACUUCCUAAGUACUUUUACUACUGUUUACUCCAUGAGACCUCUGGCUGCUGGUGCUGUUUUCAGGUGUUAUCCUGGUCAAUGGAAAGUUUUCUAUGAUGAUAAAGACAGACCAGGCCGGUACUUACUCGCCAAAGAACUCAUUGGUCGACCUGAUGCUGAGGAUCUUGAGAUAAUAUAUGGGAAUGUAGAAGAGAAGUCAGAUGAACGACCAUCUUUAUUCAGUCAAGCUGCUGGAAUUAUCUCAUCCAUUAACAGGUUCAUGAAAGCUAUGUAA